GCACAUCAUAAAACAAUGUUCAAAAUUAAGAUCAUAUCUUUGUGAUUCGACAUUGAUAAUAAAUAAUCUGUUCUUUAAUCUACAGCUUAAAACGCAUUCCCUAUCGGGAGUUUUUCUUAUUUCGGUGUAAUAUUUCACCGACUUCUAAAGGCACCUAUGUACUAGCUCACCAACAUCUCCACUCCACAAGGGGUCGGCAUAUCACCCUUGGACUGGUUUUUUUGGUUUUUCUUCGUAAGACUUCAAAGAGUAAACAAACAAAUAUACGUUUGAUCACUCUUUUGUACGGAGUCGAUGUCAAUGACCAAAACUGGGCAGUAAAACACUGAUAGUGUGUCAACAUAUUGGCAGUUUUAAGUAUUUCGACGAGAUUUUAGUUUUAAAAACCUAACAUGUGACGUAUAUGAGUCAGAUACUACUGUGUGUGUACUAACGUCAACCGAGUCGUUUUUAUAACUUUACAUUUUGAAACAUCACGUCUAAUAGAGAAAGAUCAAAUAUUUUUUUCUCAAGUGCCAAGGUGAUAAAUAUACAUGUGUGUAAUACUUCUGAGCACAUGCUACAUUUGGAAUAAAAUUACAGGACUAAAAUGAUAUUUGUAUUUAUGAGGAAUAGUAUGCUCACUGGCUUGAGAAACAACUGUCACAGUCAGCAAACUAUACAAGCAUUUAAACUGAUCACAAAAGCUUUCUACAAAGGACCUUUUCUAUAAACAAUACAAUUUUUCAUAUUAUUGUUUUCAGUGAACAAUAUGGUAAAAAUUGAAUAAAUGGCUAAAUCAGGAAGUGGAUUUAUAACCAGUGACAACGGCAAAAUAAUGGUCUUCGAGGACCAUCCUGCCAUUUUACGCAAGGACAUUAACGAUGCAGAGUGGACGGACAUAAAGGCAGUUCUUGUGACAUUCAUGAGUAUAAUAAACGUCUUCAUGUUCUUUGGAAACACAUUAUCUAUAGUGGCAAUAUGUUACACUAAAAAAUUACGACAACAAGUUUCCUAUUGGUUCGUUUUGAAUUUAGCGGUGAUUGACCUGAUUAUAUCGGUGACAGUCGUACCAAUUAAUACCAUCUGGGAGUAUUAUGGGACGUGGCCAUUUAGUAAAACUACAUGUGAAUUUUUCACGUUUGCCGACAUUUCCUUCAGCACAAUAUCCGCAUACUCCAUAGUCCUAGUUUCCAUAGACAAAUACAUUUACAUAACUUAUUCCAUCCAUUAUUACGAUAAAAUGACACGAAAAAUUGCUUUACUCAUGAUAGGUGGUGUUUGGACAAUGGUGUUUAUAUUCGCAAUGGUUUCCAUCUUAACAAAAGUUGGAACAGACAUGUACUUUGAAGAUCACUUUUUAGUGCUUCCAAACAAUACAAAUAUUUGUGUAUUUGUUAUGACAGAUGCUUAUGUUCUUCCGUCGGUCAUAUUCAGUUUUUUCGUACCAUUUCUAAUCCUAUGUUUCACCAGUUCCAGAAUAACAUGUAUAGCUAGUAAACAUAUAAAAAAGAUCCACACCAUUACAAUAUCCAACACAUCAGAGACUGAUUCAGAAUCCACACAUACUACUGAGAGGGCCAGACCACGUAGACACACUGUCAUAGGCACUCCUGAGACAAAAACCAAAGUUAAAACUAUUGGAUUUCGUAAAAUAAGUUCAGAAAAAAAUGUGCUGCGAACAAGACACAAGAAUUCUUUGAAACUUAAUGGAGAGACAAACUUAGGUUAUAGUAUAAAUGAAACCUCAGAAAUCAAUGAAAGAAAAACUUCUAAAGAAUCUGAAAACUCCAAACUGGAAUCAAAGCAAGAGAGUAAUGAAACCAUAGCAUGUGAUGCAAAGCAAUUAAAUAAUGGCAACAUUUCACAACCAAAUAAAAGCUCAACAUCUGAUCAUGAUAAACAAACCCUUGAAGCCAGUGUGCAAUUUACUGAAAAAUCUAACUCAGUUAAGUUUAAAAAUAAGGGCCUUAAUAAUACAUUUGAUCAAUUAGAAAAUUCAAAAGACACAGGAAUCAUUUCUGACCAGUUUCAAGACAAUGCUGAUAACAAUAAUGAACCUAUUGAAAGUGCAUUCAACAAAGACAAUGAAAUAAAUGCUGAGGGUAAAGAGCAAAGUUUGGAGAUUCCACAAACCAGAGACAGGAGCGAAUCCACACGUUCAUCUAAACUGAGACAAUGUGAUAGUAUUAAAAGUGUACUCAAGAAGACAUCGCCAUACUGCAAACUGUUCGGAACAGUGACUAUUGUCAUAGCUUGUUUUAUUUUGAUGUUUGCCCCAUAUAAUAUUGCAAUAGUUAUUGAUGUGCCGUGUCAUUGUAUCGAACCUUGGGUAUACGAGGACAUCCUUGCCGUUUUAUAUUACAUGCAUUCUCUAGUUAAUCCAUACAUUUACAUGGCAACUGAUAGAAAAUAUAAGGCUGCUUUGAAAAUUCUUUGGAAAAAUGUCAAAGCAAAAUUCAUUUGUACAAAAAACUAGUGCAUAAACACAUUGGGUAAUAAUAAUAUGAAAAAUGAAAAUUGAUAAUUCUAUCAAAAUCAAACAGCACAAACCAUUUCCAGAAUUGCUAAUCAUGUUUUACUCAUAAAUGAAAUGUACAAAAGGAAUAAAUUGAAUAAAACCAUUCUUAUACAAUUUUUCCAAUAGAAAUUUGUGUUAUAAUUUGUUUGUGUUAUAUAAAUUAUAUUGUUUCAUUAAAUAAAUAUGACAAACUA